UAAUUGCAAUAAUAUAUCCAUUCCUCAGCACAGACUGGGGAACUGAGCAGCCCUGAGCAGAGCUGAGCACUGCCGGGGGCCCCACGCGGGCGGGGCAGCGGGUCACAGCGGGGCCCAUUGUGACGCGUCCCCGUGCCCCCCAGCUCCAGCAGCGCCAGCGCUGUGCCCCUCACUUUCCGUCAGGACUGAGAUGGGACAGCACGCGAGCAGAGCAGCGGUGCAAGCCGCCCCUCGGGGCAAACCGCAGCGCUUCUCUCCGCCCAUGGCUGCCCAGGCCACGGCCCGUCCCCAACCUCAACCCUCAUCCUCUGCGAUGGAGGAGAGAAACCCCUCCUGCCCUGCUGAGGCCAAGGAGAAGGACAAACUCCCCCAGGAGCCCACUGCUGUGCCGCCCGCUCCCCCCUUGGAUGCCUCUGGGCUGCCCAUGUGUGCUGUGGAGCGUUACGCGAUGGACAACAUUGAGGCCUUUCUCCGGAGCACAGAGCCUCAGAAUGAGGAGAAGAAGAUGAAGUUCCUGUGCAGCAUCCGCACCAUCUGCGGCUCCGCAGCAGAGAGGAACACGGUGCAGGAACUGCGCAUCUUCUGCCGCCGGAACGAACUUGUGGAGAACAUCAUGGUGCUGCUGGCAGAGGAGCCGCGGAGAGAGCUGAGCUCCGAACUGCGGCUGCAAGCGGUAGCCGCCAUCACCUCCCUCAGCAAGGUGGAGGGGGCUCUGGAGGAGAAGAUCCCUCUCUUUGUUGUGUGCUUCCGGAGCAUCUUCCUGCUUCCCUCAGAGCAGGACCUGGACACAAACCUUUACUCCAAGACCCUGAGGGCUCUGGAUGAGAUGCUGCACUCAUUGGUGUUCAUUCACCCCAGCGCCAGCAUCGGAGAGGAGCUGAAAGACGUCUUCCAGGUGCUGCUGCCCUUCACCUCCUUGCAGAGCUCGACCGUGCGCCAGAGGGCAGUGGGGCGCAUCUGGAAGCUGACCCAUUCGCUGGCACAUUACUGCCAGGAGAAGCCCCGUCACUCCUCGGAACAAUCCCCAUCUGCCAGCUAUGACGAGCUCCGCCUGCCCGUGCUGGGGCAGCUGGUGGGAUGCCUCAUCCUGUGCUGCGCUUUUGUCCAGGAGGACAAAACAUGCCGCUGUGCUUUGAGCGCUCUCCGUCACCUCUACAGAUUUGUCCUGUGGAGAAGCCGCUGGGAAGGGCAGCUGGACGAGCAGGGGAAACUGGAGCAGUGGGAAGCUGACCACGAGUUCUCCCUCACCUGGACCACCAACACCACGGUCAUUUUGCUGCGCUUUGAGAAGUACUUCCACUCUUCAGAGAAGACCGAUCUCAUCCUCCUGGCGCUGCAGGGCAUGAGGGACUGCAGCAACUACAACACCCAGGUGGCUUCCACCUUGAUGGCCAUCCUGACGGUUGACUUCAACCCUAUGCCCAAUGAUGUGCAGCGCAUCGUGACGGCCAUCCACAGGAGCAGGAAGCUGAUCACAGAGGAGCAGGCACUGAGGACCAUCCGCAGCAGCUUCGCCUCACUAGCUGCCGCCAACCCUCGCGCAAUGACACUCAGCCUGCUGCGCUGCUCCCCCACCUGCGACAAGGACAUAUGGGAGCUGUGGGAGUUGGCGCUGUCCUCGGUGGAUGCGGUGCCAAAGAUGGUGCAGGCGCUGCUGCGUCAGCUGGAGACCGUGCCGCUGGGCCAGAAGACCGAGGUCGGCGUCCUUCACACGGCCGCGGCCACGGCACUGCAUAAGCUCCUGCAGUACCUGGAGUACGGCCCACAGGUGCGACUGGUUUUCCCGGAGCUCUUUGUGGUGCUCAUUAUCCAGUUGGUGUCCGCCGGGCCGCUAGCUCCGCUGGAGAUCACCGCCAUCACGGAGGACCCAUUCCGCCCAUCUGCGCCCACCUCUGCCAUCAGGACGGUGGUGGAGACGGCCCACAGUUUGCUACUGUGCGCCGAGAUGGACAACCUGGCGUUCUCCAUGGACACCCACAACCUGUGGGCGCGGCUGCAGGGCACAGCCACGUGGCAAAAUGGCCUACACUCCCUUGCCAAGUACGGCCCCAACCCCUUCCAUGCUCUGCCCCACGCACUGCCCCACACACUGCCCUACACGGUGCCCCAAGUGCAGCGCUCCCGAAAUAAGUAG